ACGAUGUUAUUUUUUGUCUUAGUUGUUUCGCUUUGCUUGUAGUGGCUGAACAUAGGCAAAAAGUUCUCUCUCUCUAUCCUUGUGAAAGUAAACUAAAACUUCCAACUAACUGUACGUGCAUGUAUGCGUAGGUGAACCCGUGUCAUUGGCCUCCAUUUCGGCCGAAUCACCUAGUUAAACCUAUAAAACCCGCGUCACCUUCUUCAUCAACUUUCACAAUCAGCCGUGCAACUUUUUAACAGUUAAAUCCAGCUGGAUUUGCUCUUAACUUUUAUUGGGCAUUUUAUUCAUUUUCAACAAGGAGACGCAGUUUUUUUUUGCGAACUUUCUAUUGCUUUUUUGUUCGGCUUGACAUUAUUCCGUUCAAGGAAAGAAUUCUGUUGUUUUAGCUACUCAACUUGUGUGUGUCUGGUGACGAUUAUUACCUGCGUCCUGUUUGCAUAUUUACAAGCCAUCUCGCCCCCAGGAUUGUUCUUUUUGAGUGCGCGUGUUUUAUUUGUAUCCGACAACCAUCGUACCGAUUACUAUUCAAGGCGUGUUUAGUUGACUGGUGAUCGCGCGUGAUCUAACCUUGGAUUCACGAUGGCUUGACGAUCGCUUUUUUGAAACUGCGUUCAGGCAGUUGAUACCUGGUUCUUGAAAAAGGAAAAAAAUAGGAUAGUCGUUAAUUAGCCUUAGAAAAUAGGGUGCUCGUACUGGAUUCCCAACAAAGACCGCAAUGGUGGUCCGAUCCGCUACGGAAUUGUGGCUUACGACCGCCUACGCGUUACGGCUGGUGGCGUUAGUGCUGCCUUUGCUUUUGACGUCCGUCGAAUCUCAUUUCGUCAAUAGUAGCCUAGUGCCAACGCCGAGUGCCGUUCGCAAUUAUACACUCAAUUCUAGCGAUGUUCGAAUGCUCUACGAAGCGGGUGAUUGUGCGUGCUUUUGCAAAAUGACCCGCGAAUGGACCGUAUGCGUCGGCAAAGAGUGCCACAACGUCCCACGUACCAUCAACAUUUACAAUCGGCGAUUAAAAGUCACGGGCACGGAAAUUACCACCAUCGGGCCGUUGGAUUUUGCUGGAUAUCCGGAUUUAUUGGAAUUGCAAUUGGAUAGCAACCUUCUCACAACCAUCGAGAACGGGACGUUUUCCAAUUUGAGCCAAUUGGUCAACUUGAGUAUAUCAUCGAAUCGAUUGGCCUCCAUCCCACCUGGCGCUUUUCAAGGUCUGACCAGUCUGCGUUCCUUGCGACUCAUCAAGAACCGUUUCUUGGCUUUGUCAGACGUCGUGCCAUCCCUAGUCCCGCUGACUUCCCUUCGAUUCUUGUCAUUAAGCGAUAAUACGCUGAGCCGAGUGAAUGCAGCUGAUUUCGUACCGAUGCGUUAUUCUUCGCUGGAGACGCUCGAAUUGAGUAAUUGUGAUCUCAAGUAUGUCGACUCUGAGGCUUUUAUGCCCUUCAAGAAGCUUCAAAGGCUCAUACUCAGCGAGAAUACGAUGCCGGAAGACAAUUUAAUUUAUCUCAUCCACACGAUGAGAGAGAGUGGACUCAAAGCGUUGGAUCUGUCGCAGUUGCGCUUCGCCGGAAGUCCGCCAAGAACGAUGCUCGAAGCUUUGUCUCAUACAGACGUGGAAGAACUGAACUUGAGCAAAAAUACGCUGCCCAGACUCAGCCCCAAGAUCUUCCCGUUGAUGCCGCACAUCCGCGACCUGGAUUUGAGUGCAUGUGGAAUUAUUACUAUUGAGAACGGCACUUUUAGUCUAAUGCCACUUUUAAUGCGACUCAACUUGGCCAUGAAUGGUCUUGAAGAUAUCCCCCCUGCCGUCAUGAUCCUUCCUCAACUCAAGUGGCUCAGCCUGAGCGGCAAUUCCGGCUCCGGACACGACUAUGGCGGUGGCGAGCUGAAAUUGCAAGAUGGCAAUUUUGCCUUCAUGUCCAAUUUGACUUAUUUGGACCUGUCUUUUAACCGGGUUGGUCAAGUGACUCGCGAGAUCUUUCACGGACUCUCGCGAUUGGAAGAGCUCAAUUUGAAGAACAACUCGUUAUAUCGGUUGUCGGAAGGUUGCUUUCAGCCACUGACUUCACUUAAAAUCCUUCAUUUGGAUGGCAACGCCUUUGGCAAGCAAAACUUCAGCAGAAUGACCCUUGAUGGUUUAAAAAGCCUUGAAUAUCUCAACAUGGAUCAGUGCAAGUUAUCUUUCACCGAUCAAGAAGCCAUUUUUGCCGGUGCACCUCGUCUCAAAUACCUGAGCCUGCGUGAUAAUCAAAUUGUUUCGUUUGGAAGCCGCAACCCUUUUGCGGACGCCACCAGUCUUGUCAGUGUCGACCUUUUCAAGAAUCGUAUCCGCGGUUGGGACAAGCAACUAUUCGCCAGCUCACCUAACCUGGACGUGCUCAAUUUGGCCGACAAUCAAAUCUCCCACGUAUCAAAGGCCAUGAUGGCCGAUAUUGCCAAUCUCUCUGAAGUAGAUUUGGUAGGCAAUCCCAUCGAUUGCGAUUGCAAUUUGGAACCUUUACGUCGCUAUGCGCUCUACCACGAAGACACAGAAGAGAGCAAUCUACUGAUCAAAGCCGAUCACUGUUCAUCGCCAGACAAAUGGCGCUUCUUUCCCAUUACGAAUUUUCUAGUGAGACUCGAUCCCGAUGAUUGUCUCGAUAACAUGCAAGCAUCCACAGAUGACGACGACGAUAUGGAUGCCGAUGAUUCAUUUAUUGCGGGACCGCACGUGAUCGCCCUCUAUGUCCUGAUUCCCACCGUAUGCCUUUCGGUAUUGGCUGCUUAUGCCAUCUACAAGAGUCGUUGGGUGAUUCGUUAUUACAUGUUUCGCAAAAGACUCAGUCAAACGAACUUGAUGAGCUCAUCGUCCAUGGCCGAAUUGGAAGGCAAUUUCAAGUACGAUGCUUUCGUUUCGUAUAGCAACGUGGAUCACGCUUUCGUCGCCAAAAUGGUGGGCAUGUUGGAAAACGCACCGCCGCAUUACAAGCUCUGCGUUUACGAACGCGAUUUCACCGCCGGCAACGUUCUCAACGAUUGCAUUAUGCAGAGCAUCGCCACCAGUCGCAAAGUGGUGCUCGUUAUUAGCGAGAAUUUCAUCCAGUCUCAUUGGUGUUUGUGGGAAUUGCACCUCGCGCAGCAUUCGUUGCUGGAAGACAAGAGAAACGGCCUCAUCUUGGUGGUUGUUGGUAAACUGAAGCUCAACCAGCUGCCACCGACUUUGCGAUUUCUGAUGAAGACGCGGAUCUAUUUAGAAUGGGAUCUAGAUCCGUCCAAACAGCGACUCUUUUGGGAACGACUCCGAGAUGCUCUGGCUCCUUCCGCCUCACAGAAGAGUAUCACUUUAUCGGGGGCUGCGUGAUCCUUCUUUGAUCAUUUUUCUCUAUUGUAUUAUCGUUUCAUUCAACACAUAUUCUCGUCACGAUGUACAUAGUUAUUUUAUCGCCAUGUCCGUAAACUAAAAAGAAGAAUAUCGCUGGAAAAAUUUUUAUCGGAUCGCUACAUGCAAUAUGAGACA